AUGCCUAGAUUAGUACCUUUGAUAGUUCUCUUUGUGUCGAGUUUAGCAUAUUAUUAUUAUUAUUCUAAUUUUGUAAAACCAAACCGAACAAAUAUCGACCCAAAAUUCCGUAGUGAACAAAUUGAAAAUGUCAUUAUACAGACCUGGACUGACUAUAAGUUGAAUGGUUGGGGAAAAGAUAUCUAUCACCCAAUUAAUCAUAGAACAUCUAGAAAUAUGCCAAUUUCUGGUGAGCCCUUAGGCUGGAUUAUUAUUGAUGCCUUGGACACAUUGUUAUAUGUACAUUCUUAUUCCAAGAAUCAAACAAUUAAGGAGAAUAUGCAACAGGAGAUAGAAAAUGUUGCUGAUUGGUGUAUUAAUACAUUGAAUUAUGAUAUCGAUACAAAUGUGAAUAUAUUUGAAACCACUAUUAGAAUGUUAGGUGGAUUAUUAUCAUCGUAUUAUCUCACAGAAACAACAUACAGUCACAAUAAUCGUAGUACGAAUAAUAACAACACGUUAGAUUCCAAAAUAUUCUUAGAAAAAGCAAUUGAUUUAGCUGAUAGAUUAAUUCCAGCCUUCAAUCAAUCUGCCACAGGCAUCCCCUAUUCUAGCGUCAACUUACAUUCUGGCGAUGCAAAACGGAAUCGUGCAGAUAUGGGUACAUCCUCAACAGCAGAAUUUACCACUUUACAAUUAGAAUUCAAAUAUUUAUCUAUAUUAACUGGGGAUGAUAAAUAUUGGAAAUAUACUGAAUCUGUCUAUGAACCUUUGUAUACGAAUAAUAAUUUGAUCGAUUUAUAUGAUUCUUUAAUCCCUAUUUACACAUUUCCUAAUACCGGUAAAUUCUAUACAAGAAACAUUCGAAUGGGUUCCAGAGGUGAUUCAUUCUACGAAUAUUUGUUGAAACAAUAUUUAUUCACACAUGAAACUUUGUACUAUCAGUUGUAUCGAAAAGCAAUGGACGGGAUGAAACGUCAUCUUUUACGUCAAUCAUCUCCCAAUAGGCUUGUAUAUAUCGCUGAGAGACCAUUCGGUUUAAAUAAUAUCCAUUCGUCUAAAAUGGAUCAUCUGGUCUGUUUCAUGGGUGGUCUAUUAGCUAUGGGUGCCACUGAGGGAAUAACCAUCAGUAAAGCACGUACCAUGGAUUGGUGGAAUUAUGAAAGGGAACAAGAUUGGCUAUUAGCGCAAGAAUUAACAUACACAUGUUACCAAAUGUAUAAACAGACACCAACAGGGCUAGCUCCAGAGAUUGUGGUAUUCAACGACCCUGAAUCAGCGGAGGCACGCCGAUUUAAUCCUAAGAACACAAAUUGGUGGAUUUCACCAACAAAAGAUUUUGCUAUUAAACCAUUAGAUGCACAUAACCUACAAAGACCAGAGACAGUUGAAUCUAUAAUGAUACUGUAUCAUAUCACUAAAGAUAAAAAAUACCGCCAAUGGGGAGCAGAAAUCUUAGACAGUUUUAUCAAACACAGUUGUAUUCAUUGUGAUGAACCAAACUUAAUCACGUAUACAUCAUUAGAUAACAUGAUUCAAAUACCAACAAAGAAAAAAGAUAAUCUAGAAAGUUUCUGGAUAGCUGAGACUUUAAAAUAUCUAUAUUUAUUGUUUCAAGAUGAUUUCGACCUAACUAAAGUUGUUUUCAAUACUGAGGCUCACCCAUUCCCGGUUAUCAGUGAAGAACUAUUAAAGAAAUUAAAUUUAACCACUGGGUGGAAUAUUUAA